AUGUGUCUCGGUCGUAUGGCUAUGCACUGCGUACGCACUGUCGCCAUGGCGCAAUGCUACCUUGGUUCUAUCGAGUACAGUUCAUGGUUCUCCAUGUCUUUGGAGAUGCCGCAAUACGAGACCGGGUUUUCCCAAGUCAGAGGUACCACUAUGGAUACAGCCGUGUGCCAGGCCCAAGCUCUGACUACAAAUGUAAUGCCUCUUCUUUCAACUCCUCACACAUGCCAAUACUCGGUCGGUUUCUUCAACGUCAUCACCGAUGUGCCUACAGAUACGAUGACAGCACACUCUCGAAUCCGAGACAUACCAUCGGACUAG